CACCUUUUCGCCCCCACUCAAGACUUCAUACUCAUUCGAAUUUUUGAAUUUUGAAGCGGUGGUUGGUUGCGUCGCUGCGCUCUCGAGUGAAACUUUCUAGUUGUUCUACGAAAGUACAUUAAUCAAGGGACUCCUCGGCUCCCACGUCAACACAGAUCCACCAAGAUGGGAAUCAAAUUCCUGGAAGUCAUCAAACCCUUCUGCAGUAUACUGCCGGAAAUUGCAAAGCCCGAGCGCAAGAUCCAAUUCAGGGAGAAAGUGCUAUGGACUGCCAUCACUUUGUUCAUCUUCUUGGUCUGCUGCCAGAUCCCGCUCUUCGGUAUCAUGAGCUCAGACUCCGCCGAUCCCUUCUACUGGAUCCGUGUGAUCCUGGCCUCUAACCGUGGUACCCUCAUGGAGCUGGGUAUCUCGCCCAUCGUCACCUCGGGUCUGAUCAUGCAGCUGUUGGCUGGAGCCAAGAUCAUUGAGGUUGGUGACACUCCCAAGGAUCGUGCCCUGUUCAACGGCGCCCAGAAGCUGUUCGGCAUGGUCAUCACCAUUGGCCAGGCCAUCGUUUAUGUGAUGACUGGCAUGUAUGGCGAUCCGUCCGAGAUUGGAGCCGGUGUCUGUCUGCUGAUCAUCAUCCAGCUGUUCGCCGCCGGUCUGAUUGUGCUGUUGCUCGACGAGCUGCUGCAGAAGGGUUAUGGUCUGGGAUCCGGUAUUUCCCUCUUCAUCGCCACCAACAUCUGUGAGACAAUCGUGUGGAAGGCAUUCAGCCCGACCACCGUCACCACUGGACGCGGAACUGAGUUCGAGGGAGCUGUGAUCGCUCUUUUCCACCUGAUGGCCACACGCAACGACAAGGUGCGCGCCCUGCGCGAGGCUUUCUACCGCCAGAACCUGCCCAACCUGAUGAACCUGCUGGCUACCGUCCUGGUCUUCGCUGUUGUCAUAUACUUCCAAGGUUUCCGCGUGGAUCUACCCAUCAAGAGCGCCCGUUACCGUGGCCAGUACAGCAGCUACCCCAUCAAGCUAUUCUACACCUCCAACAUUCCCAUCAUUCUGCAGUCUGCUCUCGUUUCCAACUUGUACGUCAUCUCCCAGAUGCUGGCCGUCAAAUUCCAGGGCAACUUCUUCAUCAACCUCCUCGGAGUGUGGGCCGAUGUUGGCGGUGGCGGCCCUGCUCGCUCUUACCCCAUCGGUGGUCUCUGCUACUACCUGUCGCCACCUGAGAGUGUUGGACACAUUCUCACCGACCCCAUCCAUGCCCUGCUCUACAUCGUCUUCAUGUUGGGCUCCUGUGCUUUCUUCUCCAAGACCUGGAUUGAUGUGUCUGGCAGCUCAGCUAAGGAUGUUGCCAAGCAACUGAAGGAACAGCACAUGGUGAUGCGUGGCCACCGCGAAAACUCGAUGAUCCACGAGCUGAACCGCUACAUCCCAACGGCGGCUGCCUUUGGCGGUCUCUGCAUCGGCGCUCUGUCGGUGAUGGCCGAUUUCCUGGGAGCCAUCGGUUCCGGCACAGGUAUUCUGCUGGCGGUGACCAUCAUCUACCAGUACUUUGAGAUUUUCGUCAAGGAGCAGUCCGAGAUGGGUGGUAUGGGCACGCUGCUGUUCUAAGCAGUAAUGCAAGUCACCUGCGAUGCAAUCAACAAUAAUUAAUUAAUUCAUCAUUCUUCUCACAUGCUCGCUCCCAUUAAAACAAAAAAAAAACAAACAAAAAAUAAUUAAAAUUCGUGAACUGUUUUUAUUUCCACGUCCUCUGUCCAAACACUACAAAUACGCGCGUUUUGCGGCGUUUGGCUGCUAAACUUCAUCCCAAAAUCAACAAACAAUGGGCACGAGAGACACUUUAUUUUGAAUAGUUUUAGUUUUAUUCAAAGUGUGAGACUACAUUGCUUAAGUUCAAUAUUUCUUCGAAUUCAUUGAAUUUCAAUGCAAUUAUUUGUUUUAUAUUAAAUCAAUUGAAUUAUAUUUUAAAGACACCACACGACACGGAGAUACUUGAAAUUGAAAGAUGUACAUCAAACAUGCAGACAAAUUGUCAUAAUAAAACGUAAUUAGAUAACUUUUUUAAAUGAA